UUAUGACAGUUCAUUAUCGUUUGCGGAUGGGUAUGUAGUGUCAGUGAAUAGUAGAUUUUUCUAUUUAUCUUUUAAAUUGGGCGUUUAUUAUUCUGUUUAUAUAAUAGAAUACGAAUAAUUUUUGUAUCGUUAAUUAAAUAUAUUAAAUUGUUGAUCCUACUCAUAGUGAUACAAUAAAGUUACGUUUUCCGUAUUUUAUCUUGAGCAAUGCAGUGGAUGCUAUCGGUGAAUCUUUUUUGAAUAAAUUGUGACUGUUAUUUGUGAAAAAUGGGAAAAUUAUUGAGUCUUUUAUCGCGUGACGAUUCGAACUGUUGUUCUUCACCUCGCUACGACAUAUUCCUAGAUUUUGAGAACGCUGCACCCACAGACACGGAGCGAGAUGUUUACGAAGAGGUCCAGAGAGUUUUGUUGGAUUCAGAAAAAAUACUUGAAGAAAUACAAUGUUAUAAAGGUGCAGGGAAAGAAAUAAGGGAAGCUAUAGCAGAUUCCUCGAGGAUAUCACAGGAGCGAGCUUGGCGUGCCGUGAAACCUCUAGUAGAUAAAUUACUCAGAUGUUAUAACCACUCCCUGCAGCUCCAACGGGUAGUUCCUCGACUACUGGGAUCUUUGGUGGGUGGUUCCAUGAGCCCCACGCAGCACCUCGAACAGCAACAGGCUCUAGUGAAACAAUUCGCUGAAAUAUUAGAAUUCGUCCUCAAAUUUGACGAGUACAAAAUGAAAACACCGGCCAUACAGAACGACUUCAGUUACUACAGAAGAAGCGUAUCGCGUGGUGGCGUUAUCAACUCAGAUCUGCCCCCAGGGGAGGAGCCCCAUAUAAGCGCAGAAGUUGCCAACAGAAUGUCUCUAUUUUAUGCACAAGCUACGCCUAUGCUAAAAGUCCUCUCAGAGGCAACGAGCCAGUUCGUCAACGACAAUCAACAGGAUCUCGAGAAUACUACAGAAACGCUGAGCACCAUGGCUAAAGUCUGUUUGAGGAUGUUAGAAAAUCCAAAACUGGUCGCGCAGUUCAGCCGUGAAGAGACAUCGUUGUUGGUGCUACGUGUGAUGGUGGGUCUCAUAAUCCUAUACGACUGGGUGCACCCUUCAGGGGCCUUCUGUCGGUCCUCAUCAGUCGACGUCAAGGGUUGCGUUAAGUUCCUCCAACAACAGACGCCGGCUAAAGCGGAACCACUGCUGAAUGCUCUCCGGUACACUACCAAACAUCUAAACCACCAAUCAACACCAAAGAACAUCAAAUCACUGUUGGCGGCGUGAGGACACCACUCCAGCCUUGCAUGUUGCUGUGGGGAAUGAUUCGACAAUAAUUGAUUUGUGGGGAUUUCUCAUCGGCACGUUAUUAUUUCGUAGUUGUUUCUUUCGUUUCAUUACAGCAUAAUUCGUCGCGACUCGUGCUAAUUUAAGUAGGUAUAGUAGCGUCUAUUGUAUUAUUAAAAAGCUUUAAAUAUAAAAGUGUAAUCCACUAUAAAAAUCAAUUUUAUUGAAGAAAUGAUAUUAAACUAGUGAGAAAUAAUACACUGUUAAAUGUCUAAACAAUAUUUUUCAAAUUUUCUUUUCUAACAUCAAUACUUUAAACAUUCAAAAUUAUUAUUUGAUGAGGCUAUUUUGUGUUACAAGUUUUAAUAGAUUACGAAUUAACAAAACAUUAGUUAUUUUAGUAGAAAAUUAUUACGUUAAUUGUUUGUAUAUACUUUGAUAAUUAUCUUCAGUUGCUUAUAUGAUAUUUGCAAUGGUAGAUAACGUAAACGUGGACACUAGUAAAUGAAAUAAUUCCACUUUGAAUAAAACCGCAUCUCGUGAUAUUAACUUUUUUGAACUCAUGUAUACAAAUUCCAAAAAAAUAUUGACUACAUAUUUUCUAAGAAAAUAUUGAAUGGUAGUAUAAAAACACGUAAUUAAAUAGCCACGGGUUUUGCCAAAUAGCGCAUCUAAUAAUGAGUGCCGCUGUAUACUCGGCUAAUUGAAACAUGCUUACCAAUUAUGUUUUGAUAAAAAAUAACAAGAUUAUAUUGGAAGGCAGGUCGGCUUCGCCUCAAAUUAUGCUGUAAAAUUUAUAUAGAUUAUAUCCAAUUACUUAUAAUUAAUUACCCAAUAAAUUAUAGAAAUUGUUAAUUCAUAAUAAAUAACAUAAAAGAAAGUCGUUAUAACAAAUAUUGAUAGGAAUGUUGUUAUUUUCCUUUUAAAUUUAAUAAUUUACAAGUGUAAGUUUAAUUUCCUGUUAUAAGUGCGCUUCAUUCACUGUGUAAUUUUAACGGAUAAUUUAAUCGAUUUCUUAGCAAAUUCUAAAUAAUAAUAUCUAUCCUAUUUAAAAAUUAAAAGAGAUAUUUUUAAAUGUUGUGUAAAUAAGCAUUAGGCGCACUUGUUUAUUUUGUAUUGUUGUCGUGAACGCUUUAAAAGCGAACUUUUAAUAUGGUUGAGAAACUGUCCCCAUACCCACCCCACACGUGUGCAAGGUUACUAUGUAGGUUUGUACGACACUGAGUCUACCGCAGUUUGUAUAUUCUGUUUUUUUUUUUACUUGGCAUAAACAAUAAACUAACUUGACAUAACUUUUUAUUGAAAUAGCUACGAGUAUACAAUAUGAACAAAUCGUUAAAAUUAAUUAUAAUUAACAAGACACCCCGACUGUCAAGAUUUAAACCAUAAUUAUUAAUAAAAAUAAAAAAAAAUUAAGACUGUAAUCCUUGAAGGGAUAGUCACCUACAGUUAUACCAGAGGGAGACUUUGUACAAAAGUCGAUUGCU